AUGGCCGAAUUCGUACGAGCCCAGAUCUUCGGCACAACCUUCGAAAUCACAUCCAGCUCCGCCAAAGAUAACCUCACCAACCAAAGCGUCGCUGUGAAGAAGAUUAUGAAGCCCUUCAGCACGCCAGUCUUGUCUAAGCGAACAUACCGUGAAUUGAAGCUGCUGAAGCACUUGAAGCAUGAGAAUGUGCGUUUUUUAACACGCCCACUGCGGCGGCAGGAAUCCAAGGCUGAUCUUACUCCGCAGGUCAUCUCGCUCAGUGAUAUCUUCAUCUCGCCUCUUGAGGAUAUGUAUGAUUUAACCCCUCUGCCCCUCUUUCCGCCACUCUCCGCUCACAAAUACUGCAGUUACUUCGUCACCGAACUCCUCGGCACCGAUUUGCACCGUCUCCUCACCUCAAGACCCCUAGAGAAGCAAUUCAUCCAAUAUUUCCUCUACCAGAUCCUGCGCGGUCUCAAGUAUGUCCACUCCGCAGGUGUCGUCCAUCGCGAUCUCAAGCCCAGUAACAUUCUCGUAAACGAGAACUGCGAUCUCAAGAUCUGCGACUUCGGCCUUGCCCGUCUGCAAGAUCCCCAGAUGACCGGAUAUGUGUCUACAAGAUACUACAGAGCGCCGGAGAUCAUGCUUACAUGGCAAAAGUAUGAUGUGGAGGUAGAUAUCUGGAGCGCGGGCUGUAUUUUCGCAGAGAUGCUGGAGGGCAAGCCUCUUUUCCCAGGAAAAGAUCAUGUCAACCAGUUUUCUAUCAUCACGGAGCUCCUCGGAACACCUCCAGAUGAUGUUAUCCACACAAUUGCCAGCGAGAACACGUUGAGAUUUGUUCAAUCGCUACCAAAGCGUGAGAGGCAACCUUUGAAGGACAAGUUUAGAAACGCCGAUCCAUUGGCCAUCGACCUUCUAGAAGACAUGCUAGUGUUUGACCCCCGGAAGCGAGUAAAGGCCGCCGAUGCCCUGGCACACGAAUACCUCUCCCCAUACCACGACCCAACCGACGAGCCCGUAGCAGAGGAGAAGUUUGACUGGUCAUUCAAUGAUGCGGACUUGCCAGUGGACACAUGGAAAAUCAUGAUGUACGAGCAAAUUUCUGAAUGGGAGGAAGAGCACCCGACCCAAUAUGCCACUCAGUCUUAG